AUGGUUAAUGAGUUGCAUUAUAAACGCAAGGAUGGAAACAUUGUCCUUAAACUUGAUAUUUCUCAAGCUUUUGACACGUCUGCUAGAAUUUCUGUUAUUUUAAAUGGUAGUACGGAAGGUUACUUCAAAAUUAACAGAGGUUUGCGUCAAGGUAAUUCCAAAAGUCUUCACAAUCUUGUAGACUUGUUGGGAAGAUAUCAGCGUGCUUCAGGUCAGACUGUUUGUCGUCAAAAGAGUAAGAUUUAUUACGGUGGUGGUUCUUCGAGUUGGUGUAAUUAUAUUGCAUCUUAUUUGGGGAUGAGUGUAGCUACUUUUCCGGACCGCUAUUUGGGAGUUCAAAUUAUGUCAGGUAUUGUUCGAUAUCGCCAUAUUAGCAAUGUUGUUGAAAAGAUUAGAAAUCAACUUGCUGGUUGGAGAGGGAGGUUAUUAUCUUUUCAUGAUCACAUUGUUCUUGUUAAAUCAGUUAUUGCCAGUUAUUACAUUCAUAAUAUGGCUAUUUAUAAGUGGCCUCGUAAGUUUAUUCUUCAAUGUGAGAGGGCUAUCCGUAACUUUAUUUGGUCUGGUGAUUCGAACAUUAAUCAUGUAGUGGUAGUGGCUUUUGAAAAAAUAUGUUGCCCUUUUGAGGAGGGGGGUCUCGGACUAACUCGUAUGGACACUAUGAACAAAGCUCUUAUUAUGAAACUUUGGUGGAAGAUUCGUAAUUCUACAAAGAAGUGGGUUCUUUUCCUGAAGGCAAAAUUAUUUGAUCGUAAGGGUUGUAUUAAGCAUUCGGGGGUUAAAUCUUCUAUUUUGCUUGGUUUAAGGAGUGUGUAUAAUUGUGUGGAAAAGAAUACUAAGGUCUUAAUUGGUAAUGGUAGAGAUACUUCUCUUUAUUAUGACAUUUGGUUUGAUAAGACUAGUAUUGUUGAAGUGCUAAAUGAUUAUUCUCUCGAUGGAACAGCUAGAGUUAGUGAUAUUUUAAAGGAUGUCCUUUGGGAUAUUCCUGAAAUUCACUUGCAAUACUUGAUUGCUGCUGGUUUAGAGUUGACUAGGAUGCCAAUUCCUAUGGGUGGAUCUGAUGUUAGGGUAUGA